CAAAAGGCAUCAACUUAACAACUUCAACUUCAAGCAUAAUUAUAUUCUUCUACUAGCUCUUCACUCCUCAGUAAUAAAAUGUGGAUACAAGUUCGUAGCAUGGAUGGACGCAAGUGCGUCCGAUUGGACGACCUGAGCAAACUGACCAAGAUUGAAGCUCUUCGUGAGAGGCUAGUAGAUCAUUUUGAUGCGGAGGCAGAAAGACAGAGACUGUUUUACAGGGGGAAGCAAUUAGUUGAUGGUCAGUCGUUAUUCGAUUAUGAUGUUGGUCUUAAUGACAUCAUUCAGAUAUACAUAUCCCCACCCCAAACUAAGACUGAGACCACACCCACUGACCAGCCGACCAACGGAGCAGACUCCCCCAAUGAUGAUGCUAUGGAAACUGACAGUGGUGUGUGUGGCAGUGGGAGUGAUCCUGAGGAGAACUGUAUCGAUGAUGAUACGACUUUAUAUAAAGUUGGUGAGAAAAUUGAUGCCAAAGAUUUGCGCAUGGGAGCAUGGUUUGAGGGUGUGGUUGUCAAAAUAACAAGGACUAAUAGAACGUCGUCGUCAAGCGAAGAUGCAUCUGAUGAUAUACAGUAUCAUGUCAAAUAUGAUGAUUAUGAAGAUGAUUAUCCGGUGAUAUUGUCAGCCAAUAACAUCAGACCAAGAGCAAGGUCACGCAUGCAAUGGGACCAACUCUCAGUUGGUCAGAUUGUAAUGGUCAAUUACAAUCCUGACCAUCCUACUCAAAGAGGCUAUUGGUAUGAUGCUGAAAUUACUCGUAAGGUUUGUGAUACUAAGAAGUUAUACGUAAAGCUUUGUCUUGGUGUUGAGUCUGAUGUGCAGCAAGAGUGUAGGAUAAAGUUUAUCGAUGAAAUAUUUUCAAUUGAGAGAAAAGAAUCGCCCAAUGAGCUGACAGGAGAAGGUGAAGCAAGAAUGAAGAAACCUGAUUGUGACUACUGCAAGGAUAAUCCUUCUAGAAAGUGUCACCACUGUGCUUGCUCGGUCUGUGGUGGUAAGAAUGACCCCGAGAAGCAGCUCCUUUGCGACGAGUGUGACAAUGCUUUUCACCUUUCGUGCCUUGACCCACCUCUCGAUGAAAUACCAGAAUCCGAUGAAUGGUAUUGCUCUGAAUGUAAGACAGAUACAUCAGAGGUGAUUGGGGCUGGAGAGAAGAUGAGACUCACCAAGAAAAAGGCAAAUAUGAUUUCAAAGAAAGGCAACACCACGAGAGACUGGGGAAAAGGGAUGGCUUGUGUUGGACGUACUAAAGUGUGCACUAUUGUUCCAUCUAAUCAUUUUGGGCCCAUACCUGGUAUACCUGUCGGAACUUUAUGGAAAUUUAGAGUUCAAGUAAGUGAGUCUGGUGUUCAUCGUCCUCAUAUUGCUGGAAUUCACGGGAGAGAAAGUGAAGGAUCCUAUUCCAUAGUCCUCUCAGGAGGCUAUGAUGAUGAUAAGGACGAUGGUGACGAGUUUGUCUAUAGCGGCAGUGGUGGGCGGGAUCUCUCUGGUAACAAGAGGACAGCCAAACAAUCAAUGGAUCAAAAACUAACUGCUAUGAACAGGGCCCUUGCUAAAAACUGCAAUGCUCCCAUUAAUGAUAAAACUGGAGCCGAAGCAAAAGACUGGAAGAAAGGGAAACCAGUGCGAGUCGUUCGUAAUCACAAAGGUCGUAAGACCUCCCAGUACUGCCCCAAAGAAGGCAAUAGAUAUGACGGAAUUUAUAAAAUUGUCAAGUACUGGCCCCAACGUAAUGACGAAAACUUUCUCGUUUGGAAAUAUUUACUAAGACGCGAUGACCCGUCGCCUGCUCCAUGGACAAGCGAAGGAAAGAAAAAUGCAAAGAAACUAGGCCUCACCCUCCAAUAUCCUGAGGGGUAUCUUGAGUCUCGGGCUAGCGGAAGUGGAUCACAAGAGCAAUCAUCAGAGGAUGAGAGGAGCACGCCUAGUAAGAGAGGCAGGAAGAGAAAAUCUGAUGGUAAAGGAAGCUCUUCCCCAGCAGAGAAACUCAAGCAACCACGCUACGACUUAAACCAGACUCAGAAAAAACUUAUAAAACGCGACACUGCCAAUUCUAAACUGUGGAAAGAGAUUGUGGAUUCAACCGGAUCUGCUGGCCUAUUAGAAAAAAUUCAAGAUUCAUUUACAUGCAUAGUGUGUCAAGAGCUGGUCUAUAAACCUGUCACUACUCCCUGUGGACAUAACAUAUGCAAAACUUGUUUACAACGUUCAUUUAAAGCUCAGGUGUUCACUUGUCCUUCGUGUCGUCAUCAGUUAGGAGGCCAGUACGAAUUGGAGACUAAUGAUGAUCUCCAGUCUGUCCUCCUUGAGAUAUUCCCUGGAUAUGAUGGAGGAAGAUGAUGAUCAAAUAGUCAGAGAUCGAUGGUUUCAGACUUUCUCCCCAUGCGUGCAUGCAUUCUUUAUUAUUAAUUAAUAUUAUAGUUCUUUUCAUUUUCAAAAAUAAAUGUACUGUCUUAUUGUUGUACUACA